AUGACGAAUCCCACGGUAUUCGUUUGUGGUGCCACCGGAGCUCAAGGCGGACGGCUCGCUCACCGCCUCCGAGCCAUCGGUUGGGGUGUGCAUACCACCGUGAGAGACCCAAGCUCACCAGCUGCCCAGUCCCUCCAGUCCAUCGGCGUUGAAACCACCCCUGGUGACUGGAACAACGAAGCCGCCCUUGCCCACAGCCUCACCGGCUGCCAAAUGCUCUUCCUCAACCCUGUACCCCCACCCCUGCCACGACAUCCCCCUCGAACCUGCAACCAAGCCCAAACCCUCCUCCGCCUCGCGCUCGCCGCCCACAUCCACCACGUCGUCUACAGCUCGAGCAUCCCGCUGCCCACCACGGACCCCACCAGCCUGCCGGCCCUCGCGCGCGCCUCCAAGCGGCACAUCGAAACCGCAACCCGCAGCGCGGGCAUCCCCGUCUGGACGAUUCUCCGCCCGGCCUUCUUCAUGACCAACCUCGUCCGGCCCAACGUCGACCGCCUGUUCCCGGGGGCGUCGGCCACGGGGGAGUUCACGCUGGCGCUGCGGCCCGACACGCCGCUGGCGCUGAUCGACCCGGACGACAUCGCGCAGUUUGCGGUGGCGGCGUUUCGGGCGCCGGGGCGGUUCCAUGGGCAGGUGGUGGAUUUGGCGGGGGAGGUGAGGGCCGUGGGGGAGGUGUUGGCGGUGUUGGCGGGGGUGGUGGGGAGGGGGGUGAGGGGGCGGUAUUUGCGGGAGGAGGAGGUGGAGGAGAGGAAGGGGGUGGAGGUGUUUUUGAGUGGGCAGUUGGAUUUGAAAGAGGCGGCGCCGGUGGAUGUGGGGAGGGUGAGGAGUUGGGGCGUGGAGAUGGGCACGUUGGAGGGUGAGUUGGUGCUCGGGGAUGAGGUUGGAUGGAAGGAUGAUGCGGGCGGCCGAAAAUGA